AUGUCGUUUUCCGAGCGUUUUUGGUCCCAUGACUACCAUCUGGGCUAUGAAACUCUUUUUAAUGAGCUCUACGAGGGAAUUCGAGAGAACAAUGACUUCAUCCAGAUGUUCACCAAGCGAAUGGACGCUGAACACUCUUACGGUAGUCACUUGACGGGCUUGGACGUGUCUGUUAAGAGAUCCAGUAAGAGACACACCGAUAACGACUACGUGCUGACAAUCAAGAAUGGAUACCAGAAGUUGACUGAGAAUUUUGCCAAGCAGGGUUCGCUCCAUUUGGAAAUUGCUGGAAAUAUCAAAGUGUUGGUGUUGGAUCCUUUUCUGAAGUGGUGUGCCGAACAUGAACAGAGAGUGGAUUAUUCCGAGCUGACCAUUCUGGAGAAAUACAAGUCCUUCAGGAGUGCUCGCAACAACUUGGAGAAGUUGCAAAAGAAGUACUUCAACAAGUGCAGAAUGCUAGAGGAGUUCAAGUCUCACUACUCUGAGGAGGAGCUCGAGGAGCAGCUCGAGGAGGCGCAGAAUGUCUCUUUCAGCGAGCUGUCCGUUCCUGAGGAGGAGGAAGAGGACGAAGAGCUGUACGUUUUUGACAACAAGGUCUGUGAUCGUAAAGAUGCCAAGGUUGUGUUGUCCAGUAUCCUUUCCAACAUAGAGCUCAAGUCACACAAGGUGCCAAUCUUGGGAACCUACCACAACGUGUCUACAGGAAGCAAAAUCACCCAGUGGGUCUUGGACAACAUGGAAGACUACAAGGGAAGCAUUGAUAGGGCCGAGCAAUUUGGUCAGGACCUUCUCGACAAUGGUUUCAUCCGCCUCAUUGGCUCCAUGAGUGCCAACAAAAACUUCAUCAACUCUUCCCAAUUUUUCUACCAGUGGAAGCCUGUCGUUUUUGAAAUCACCAAGCUCUCUGAAUUUGACCUCUCAAAGAGCAGCAAGAGUGCAGAGUAUGACCCCAUCAGUGCCCUGAGCAGCCGUGCCAACCACUUUGCCGACUACUUUGAUGAUGUUAAGCAGGCUAUGGGCGUGACCUCGAUUGACUAUAACGACAAAACUCAGUACGCCAAGCUCGUGAAGGAGGUUGACUCCUUGGACUUGCAGUACUUCCAGACUACCAAGGAACUCGACAAGAUCAGAUGCUCUUUCGAAGAGAUUGUCAUGGACCACUUGACCUUCAUGCACAAGUGUGAGCUUGACCGUAUGAAGGCCAUCAAGAAGGUGAUGUUCGAUUUUGUCUCGACUUUCUCCAACAGAGUCAGCUCCAUGAAGCAGGUUUCCGAGGAGAUGUUCGUUGUGGAGGAGACCAUCAACCCAGUCAAUGACCUCAAGUUUCUUAUUGAGAACUACGCUACAGGCAGGUUUGAUCCCAAGGUUACUCUCUACGACAAUUACUACAACUCAAACAUCAAACAGACCUUUGGUGUCGAUCUCAACGUGAAGGCGAGAUUGGACCGUAAGGCCGUCCCGCUCUUGGUCCAAGGAAUCCUCUCCUGUCUUGAUAGCGUCUAUCCUGAACUCAAGGAUGACGACGAGAGAACAAACUUGUGGACGCACCCAGUCCACUUAUCAAAGGUGCACAAGGUACGUUUCCAGCUUAACGAGCUUAGUGACUUGACCGCUAUCCAGAACGUCUUGAAGGCCACGGACCCCAUCAUCAUUACCAACGUCUUCAAGCUUUAUUUCCUCGAAUUGCCUGACUCCAUCAUCCCCCACAGUUACUUCGAUUUGAUCAAGACGUUAUACCUGAGUUACCCUGUUGGCAGCUCAGACGAGGAUACCGAUAGUACUAGGGUAAACGGCCUACAGAAUACACUUUCUGAGUUGCCAGUGAGCAAUUUGGCCACGUUGGACGCCAUUUUGACUCAUUUCAAUAGACUCGUGAACAUCAUUGGCUCAAAGAACAAGGAUCUUGGGUCGAAAUUGAGAGGCCGCCUCUGCAAGGAGUUCGGAUCGCUUCUUUUAAGGCCCAAGGAUGAAGAGGACGGCUUAUCGGACUCGAGAAUUUUACAUAGUGCAGCUACCGAGACGCUUCAGCAGCACUUCAUAGAGGACUUGUUCCAGCACAAAGACACGAUUUUUGGGGAAUUGAGGAGAAGGAACUCCAACAAGAGCGUGCUGAGGGACGGGCCCAAGCUGAGCAGAUCCGAGGAAUUGACGCCCAAGGCCAGCGUUGUUGCAUCGUCCAAGUCUCGUUUGGAGAGUCGAUUGAAGAGGGCUGUCAGCAAGGCUUCCCACGAGAACGAAGAAGAAGAGGACAAGGAGAAUGUGCUGGCUGACCCUACGGAGCCGCCAAAGACACCCACAAAGUCCACGAGCGGUUUGAAGCGGUCUACGUCACCAAACAAGAAGAAGCUCAAUACAUUGUUGACCGAGAAGAGCAGCAACGCGUCGAAGUCCAAGAAGAAGGAGAAGCUACAAAGGACACAAUCUUCAGAUUCGUCAGAGUUUGCCUCAGCCGCUCUGGAGACUGGGUCAGGGCGCCAGAGCCUUUCCAAGGAUGAGGACGAAACGCCACCCAUUGUGCCGCCCAAGACGCGGUCCCCCAAAAAGAACAGUGACGACGUGAUUGUCGUUGAGUAA